CUCUCUAGAUCUCUUCUACCUAUAGUUUAUAAUCACUCACGGAUCACCACGUACGAUGUCUACUAAUGGGGAUGGUGAUGAACAUAAUCAUGAAUCUGAAGAGACUAGGCAGCAAAGGAUUGAAUCGAGUAAUAUUGCUGGUAUUGAAUUGAUGCUUAGCAAAUUCGUCGAUUCUCUUGCGCAUAGCCAACGACAAAUGCUAGAAACUCAAGCACAAAACCAACAGCAUUUGCUAGAGUCGUUAACAUGUUUUAGUAAAGGAUUAGAGGAUGUACUAAAGCAUCAAAACAAGGCAUUAGCAAACCAAACUGGUGAAAAGAAAGUGAAAGCUGAUGACGGAAAGAAGCAGAAAACAGCUGAAAGCGCUGCCGAUCCUUAUGUAGUAGAAGAAUACGCGAAACUAUUUUGGGCAGCAGUUGAUGGUGAAUGGAAUCGUGCUAAAGAAUUUUUUGAGAAACAUCCAGAUGCAACAACAAAACCAAUUACAAGUGAGUCAGAAACAACAUUGCAUAUAGCUAUCAGAUGUGGAGAGUGGAAGUUUGUGGAGAAUAUGGUGAAUUUCGGGGGGGCAAGAAGUUCUUGAAAUAAAGGAAAAAUCUGGUCUCACAGCACUUCACAUGGCUGCCUUUGUCGGAAAUGUUAAAGCUGCUGAGUUUAUGGUAAAGAGAAAUAGCAAAUUGGUAAUGCUACAAGAUAAUGAUGGAAAUAUAGCACUUGAAACUGCAAUUUCAAACGUGUCAGACGGGCAAGAUAAGACUGUUAAGUAUCUUUAUAUGGUAACUCGAAAGUCCUACCCAAAUCUAUUCUCCGGUCCUCAAGGUGCUAAGCUUUUGUGCUGCACGAUUGAAGCCGGUUUUUUCGAUGUGGCAAUUUCAAUUGUUCAAAGGCUCCCUAAUUUGGCCAUGGAGAAACUCGAAAA